AUGCUCUCAAAGAAUCUCUGGCAGAGGCUUCUUUGGGGAAUACAUUCGUGGUUUGCACAGGAGAAACUGUGUCGGAAUUUCUUGUUGCUUCAAGUGCUGGGAAUGGCUGUACCUAGCCUAUUAGCAACGAGUGUUUGCAAGAUCUGUAACAUGGGAUUGGAGGCUGAAGCAUUUGAGCUUUCUUAUCCCUUGCUCAAGCAAUUGCACAAGUAUGAUAUUACCAACUGGAAAGAGGAACUAAAUAUUGGCUGGAAGAGGUACGAUGAUUGUGCCAUCAACAAUGAAACUUAUUUCUUUAAACAGCUAAAAUAUCUCCAGGACAUGACCAGGUUUUAUGUGGCUCGGCACCCUCUACUCCUGCAAUCAAGGAUGCAUGAACAGGAAUACUACAACAGCUUCUCUCACUUGCUGUUUGUGGAUGAGGAAACCUCUGAGUUUGAUUACCUAAAGCAUGUCCAAAACCCAAAAGCUCUCAAGUUGACUCAUGCUGCAGAUAUAGACCACAUUAUAAGUAUAUGCAAAGUACUAAAUCCGAAGCAAGAGCGGGGGAACAUGCUGAUAAUAAUCAAAUUGAGUCCUCCUUUGCUGCAUGACCUAGAUGCAUACAUCGGAAAAAUGAAAGAAGAGGGAAUUGUAGUCACAUGGCUUCUAGAUCCUCUUGUGACUGUUCCUAAAGGACAUGAAGUGAUAACAUGGUCACUUGGAAAAAGUUUGGAGAAAUUGAGGCCCAUUUGCAAUAUCCUUGGUCGUUCGGGAUACAAUCUCGGAGGCUUUUACAUGGAGACUACUGGGGAUGAAAGCGAGUGCAAGCUUUACCAUGAGACUAUAAUGAAAAACCAAUCGAGACUCGAUGUGGAGCUCUCUCUUGCUGCACUGGAAGAGCUAGGACUGGCACGUUUCACCAUAUAUCGAACCGGAGGAGGCUGGUUGAGGAUGAAUUAGAUUGAUCAUUGAUACUUAUUAUUUCUAGUAGUAUUUUAGCACUCUCUAACACUCUAUAUAGACAUAUA